UGGGAAAGAAAGAGAGAGACGGUCAAGGGUUAUCGUGUAGAAAGUGACAGCGCGACGACGGCGGCGGGUUAAGCAAAUUUUUUUUCUUCCCUCUUUCCGAAGUUCGAAACAUUACCGCGUGCAUUGUGCGUGCGUGUAUAUCGGAGUAAAGAGCCAUUGGCGCGACAAUUAUUGAGACGGUGAUAUAAAAAUGGCGACCAUGGUUACGGCGAUGAAAGAAUCUCUUGACAAGGCUUUGCGAGACGAAAAUAAGCCAUGGACGAAAUUGUUUGCUACGGCUGAAGCAAAAACCGGUUUUGACCGGUUGUACAUUGUUAUAGGAAUUUUGGCUCUUUUGACUCUUUACCUGCUGGUCGGGGUCGGUCAACAAUUAAUUUGCAACAUCAUAGGUUUCGUUUAUCCUGCUUAUUGCUCUAUGAAAGCAUUGGAAUCUCGCAACAAAGACGACGACACCAAGUGGCUCACUUACUGGGUCGUUUUCGCUGUUUUCACAAUCGUCGAAUUCUUUUCUGAAUACAUUGUGUGCUGGUGUCCCAUGUAUUGGCUUCUCAAGUGUAUUCUCCAUGUCUGGCUCAUGGCUCCAAUAGAAUACAACGGUUCACUGAUUCUGUACCAUCGUUUCAUUCGUCCUCAAUUUGUCAAGUAUGAACCAAAUAUUGACAAUCUGCUUUCAAAUGCUCGUGAUGCCGCUGUAAAAGCCGCAUCGGAUGCGAUAUUGAACCAGAAAAAAGAUUGAUCACGAGACGAAUGAAGAGCCGAGAUUCGACGUGAGAACAACAACUAUCUUCGAAGCUUGGAUCUGAGAUAAGGGGAGGAGAGUUUCGGUGCUUGUUCGCAAUGGAAUGAUGAAAUCAAGCGGAAUGUUAACCUGACGAACAUCUCAAAUGUGUGAACUUUUUCUAGGUGUGAAUUAGCACAAUUACCAUUUGCCUUAUUCCAUCGUUAUUCCAAUCCUAAAACGAGCUCACAAAAGAAUUCUUUCGCGUGCUUGUCUCUCACUAGAAAAAUUCCCUAGUCCUACUAUUUGAAUCGACGCAUCGGGGACAGACUUGAGGAAAAUCACUGGUGUAGCCAUUGUCAGAGAGAGAUUGAGCGACCGGAGAAUCUAAAUUCGUCAUUGAAUUCCUGGAGCAAUCAAUUCUCAUUUGGGAAGGAUACAUGGAACAUUUAUAUAAUGUAUAGUUUUUGUUGACUCGCUCAAUUCUCGUGACUCCGAUUUACCAUUCGCACAAAUUCGUCUUUUUGAGCUUACUCACUCAUCGAGAUUGUGAUAUCUUGACUUUGUGUAAACGUAAUUCCGUAUAUUAAAGCCUCGUCGAAUCUCGAUGGGUUAACGCAAAA